AUUUAGAACUGUUAGUACCAACAAGUAGCUUAAAAGCUUAUUUAUUGAUGAACGAAUAUGGCAACAAAAGAAGAACCAACUUCAAACCCUGUUAAUCCGGGAAAGCCAGUUGAUGAUCCAUCCAAAGACAUUGUACCGGAAACUGCUGUAGUGACCAAAGUUACACAAAAGAAAAUUGGUCAUAGGCGUGUGGAUGCAUCAACUGGUCAAACAACAUAUAAAAAGACUCCAUCCUCUGCAUUAAGUGGAAGCAUACAGCUUGCCAUCAGUCAUACUGUGGCUGGGCUAAGUUCAAAACCAGAACGUGAUGUUUUAAUGCAAGAUUUCCAAGUUGUAGAAACCAUUGUAUUUCCCAGCGAAGGGUCAAACUUGACUCCUGCACAUCAUUUUGGAGAAUUCACGUUCAGGACGUACGCUCCUACUGCAUUCCGAUACUUUCGUGAUUUAUUUGGGAUUCGACCAGAUGAUUAUAUGCUUUCAAUAAGCCGAUUACCGCUCCGAGAAUUAUCGAAUCCCGGAGCAAGUGGUUCCCUCUUCUUCGUCACUCAUGAUGAUGAGUUUAUCAUCAAAACUGUCCAACACAAGGAAGCUGAGUUCCUUCAAAAGCUUCUUCCUGGUUAUUACAUGAAUCUCGUCCAAAAUCCUCGCACAUUGCUUCCAAAGUUUUACGGAUUAUAUAACGUUCAAUCUGGUGGAAAAAAUAUUCGAAUGGUUGUUAUGAACAAUUUAUUACCCAGUGUUAUUAAGAUGCAUCUUAAGUAUGAUCUGAAAGGGUCCACGUAUAAAAGAAAAGCAUCAAAACAUGAACGAGCCAAGAAAAACCCGACAUACAAAGACUUAGAUUUACUUCAAGAUAUUCCUGAUGGUUUAACAUUAGAACCCGACAUUCACAACGCACUUAUGAAAACUAUGCAACGAGAUUGCCUUGUGUUACAGUCUUUUAAAAUCAUGGACUAUAGUUUAUUACUUGCAAUACACAACUUAGAUGAGAUGGAAAAGGAAAUGGCAGCAAAGGGCACUGAAGUAGAUGUUGGCUACAGCAACAAAUUAAACCAAUUUAUUAAACUUGGAACUUUUGCAGCAGACCUUGAUUCGAAAUACACACACAGAAGAAAUAGUUCAUCAGAUUAUAAUUCAGAUGAUACACCGUCCACCUCAGUAGGUUACAGAGCAGCUCAAUCUGUCAUGGAUUCCACAAUGUUGAGAACAAAGUACAGUAAAGACCUUGAUCACUGGUCAGGGGGAAUUCCUGCGAAAAACGGCAAGGGUGAACGUCUUCUUGUUUUCUGUGGUGUAAUUGAUAUUUUACAAUGUUAUAAGUGGAAAAAGAAAAUGGAACACACUUGGAAAUCUAUGAUCGCAGAUGGUGAUUCUGUUUCUGUCCAUCGACCAAGUUUUUACUGUGAAAGAUUUCAAAAGUUUAUGGGCGACCAUGUUUUUAAAAAAAGUGUUGUAAAAAGUCAACCCAAGCGACAACGAGGUCAAAGUUCGCGGCGAACGCACACAACUCUGGUUGGUGGUGUUAGCAAUGCAGAAUCGUCCAAGGCUCUAACCCCCGCUGCCACCGAACCACUCACUAAACGACUUCAAAGUCGUCCAGAUUUGCUCCCAAACGAAUCUCCUCGUCCUUCAUCGGUUGAAAAAGAUGAUGAUCACGCACUCCCUCCUUUAUACAAAGUCUCUUCUACACCCGACCAUCAAGCUAAAGAAGCUACUGCCAUUGAAACAACGUUUGGUGCUUCUUCGCUCGAAAGUGUUCAUUCAAUUAAACGAUCUUCAAAAGAAAAGAAUUCCUCGUCACCGGGAUCAAGUAACCAGCAGCAGGAGGCGAUAGAGAGUGAUGUGAUCGACCACGGGCAGGUGGAACUGGUAUGGCCAAAAGCACGAAAUGUUUAUGAGACCAGCGUAUGAUCCAUUGAUUUACAAAGCAAAGAUAAGCCGGGCGGAACUGCGCUCAAUCAUUUGCAUCCCGAACCAUUGAUGCGUGCCGAGAGCGCGUCGGACGUUGACGAAGACACACCGUUAUAAUCGUGCAGCUAUUACCCAUCGUCACCACACGGCGUAUAUAUCAUCAUCGUGCUCAAACGUUUUACGAAAUGCAGUACAAAGGCGAGGGUUAAGUUAUGAUCGGUUUCUGUGAAACGAGCACUUGUACCGUUUAACUUAUUAUUGUAGUCUUCUAUCUAUUUAUGGUAUGGCAAUAGCGAAAAUCGUCGUCAUUUACACCAACAAUUGCUUAUUAUGUACGCGUUUCAUCACAAUUUAAUGUCGAUUCUAUGUCAUUUUCCUUCAUCACUCGUAUUACCGCAUAUGGUGUUGCUUUCUGGUGAUAUUGGGAUUACUUUCCUCUAUCAUAACUACGUUAACCAACCAACCUGUAUUAUUCGAUACUCCAAUAUCAAACACAGAUCGCCACAUCACUCAACCACAUGGGUGCCAUAUUUUCGAUUAAAAAUUUAAAAAAAAUCUGCUAGUCUGGGUCGCUUUGUUCGGCCACUUAAUAUAAUGUGCAAUAUCCACGGCUACUGGUAUAAUCGCCGACGUAGUUCGCCACUGUAGGCGUUCGAAGUGCUAGUGGGUAGUACGUCUUGAACCUUGUACUAAUACAUAUUGUACGCUUUUGCACCGAAUUGAGUAUUCUGUGUUUUUGUCCCAAGAAGCUGGAAAAAUCGGUUAUCAUGCACGCCAAGCUUGAAGGUUUAUACCGAUCGUGUGACGUCACGUAUUGGUCAUUCAGUUUUGUUAUAUUUUGCCAUCGCUCUGUGCUGUUUGUAAUGUUCGUCACGCAAUAAACACGUAACGAAUAAUA